GAAAAUAGCCAAGGCAGCGGCAUCUCUGUGGAUGUGGAAUAAGGGAGUUGCUCUGCUCACGCAGAUUCCUGUGCUAAGUCGGGAGGUACAGCUGUUACUGAGGAGCACUCAGCCUGACUGUGGGGAGGGCGCCCUGGGAGAGGCGCAGACCGAGUCUCGCUCCAGGCUCCUCUCUAGUCUGACUCACCUCAGCAUCACAAUGGAGCCCAACAGUCCUAAAAAAAUACAGUUUGCUGUGCCACUGUUUCAGAGUCAAAUAGAUCCUGAGGCAGCUGAACAGAUCAGGAAAAGAAGGCCUACACCAGCAUCGCUUGUCAUCAUGAAUGAACACGUGCCCCCAGAAAAAGAUGAGAAGAGAACAAACAUCUCACAGGCAGAGUCCCAGAGCGCCUCUCCCAAGCAAAGGAAGCAGAGCGUCUUCACCCCACCUGCCCUCAAAGGGAUUAAGCAUCUGAAGAGUCAGAGUGAUUCUGCGUUUCCAGAGGAAGAAGAGGGCGUUAGUGAAAGGGAAGAGGAGUGGGGCCAUUAAAGAGCACCAAGCUGCCUCGAGCCCCAUCACAGAGCGUAACUGAACUGCACAGCGUGUGUGUGUCAGACCAUUUGCCACUGCUUGUGUCCCCACACCGCAGCGCUCGGCGUGCCGGCAGCGCCGGGGCUCCCUGGGGAGUGCCCUCGGCUGGGUUUUACAGUGACCUGCAAGUUUCUUCUGUGAUCCUUAUACCCAAAGAUAAAACAGUUAUUUUAAAGUAUUUUUUUCUUUCAUUUUCUAUGACUUAGAAAUGUAAUUUGCAAAUGUGUUAGUGACCUGACAUCAGUACUGCCAGAGCUUAACUACUGCGUGUGAGCUGUACUCUAAGACCUGUUGUAAAUAAAGCUGAUUUAAAAGCCACAAAAUAAAUAAUGCGUUCAUUUAGACAAGAUUGUAUAUUGUACAGUGGGUUUGUCUAAUGUACAGUUCACAGAAAAUGAUCCUGUCAGUUGAGGGCAGCUUUACCAGUGGUGUUAGAGUUACUUGCAGUAAUGUAGAUAGAAGCCAAAUAAGCAGAGAUGACUCUUAGUCUAGUGAAGAAGGAUGCAAAGACAUUCUUCCCUGCGUUCCCUGGAUAUACCAUGCUUAAAGUACUUGUCCUGCUUUUGGUCUGAGACUGCCUAGUUGCAUCAGCCAAAAUGAUUUCUCUUUACAAAAGAUCAUUGCUGUCUGGAGGCAUUAGAAAAAGUUUCAAUUUGGGAAUCAGAGGAAACACAGGUGGGUGUAAGACCUGUGAGCAGGAUCCCAUGCACCAGCUGAAUAUUCACCUUCGUCGCCUGCAGCAAGUACAGGGCCAGAAAAAGGGCCAGAUUAUUCUGCGUUUGUCACAGUUGCAGCCAGUAAAUGGCAGUAUAUCAGGAUACAAUUAUUUAGCAUGUGUCUGAGCCCUAGGGCUUUUGGUUCAAAUUUGGCAUGGUUCAUACCAACAUUUCCAUUUGUUAAGAUUAUGUAAACUCUGUGGCAUCAAGUGAAAUAAAGUGGGGAAGGAAAACCAUGUUUCUUUAAAAUCACACUUGUCAGAUCAUUUCCUUUUUUGUCAAUGGCCAAUUUUUAAACCAAUUCACUGUUGUUUUGUAUUAACUGUUUGCCUUUGAUACAAAGUUUUGCCCUCAGUUUAGCUUUCCACUGCUUUAAGUUUCUUUUAAAGGACUGAGCUAGCAAAAAAAAAAAAAAAAAAAGAAAAGGAGAUUAAGUGUAUGAAAACACAGAGCCUUUUGUCUCUGCCUUGCAUGGUGGUUUCACUCUCAGUCCAAGCUCUUCCAUGAAGACCUGCUGAGAACAGGCUCUGUCAACAAGUGUUUCUUUAUAUUCGGGAGCCAUCUUUUUGCCCUCCACCUGUAUCUCUGUAUCUGUCCUCUUUGUUCCAUUUUCUGUAGAAACACUGCAAACAGGAUCCAUGACUCCAGCUCAGCUUGGGUGUGCAAGACGGACUAAAAGAAGGACUCUUCAGUUGUGCAGAAGCAGUUACGGCACUUAGGGGACUAAGGGCUUUUUAUGCCACCAACAACAAAAAGAAGGAAAUGACCCUUCAGAAAAAAUUUGAAUGGACCAAAGUUAAGACUGGAAUGGUAGUAAGAGCUGGGCUCUGGUCCCAGCUUUGCCACAGCUUUUGCUUUUGCACAGCACCGGGCUCUUCACAUAGUUAUUCGUUGUCACAGUACUCCCAGUUGUAAAACAGUCAUCAGUGUUUAACCUCACACCAUCUAUCUGU